AUGCCCACCCACGGAGGAAUUAACCGAGCUGGCAAAGUUAAGAAUCAAACACCAAAAGUUGCUCCACAAGAAAAGCCAACACAGAAAACUGGCCGUGCUCGUCGUCGUGAACAAUAUGCGAAACGAUUGGUCCAGAAGGUUGUUUCAGAUGAUGGUAUCCGUCGUGGGCCGAAUUCAAACUAUCAACUACCUGCCUCAUCAUAA